AUGUCUCUCUCAGUUCGAGGCGACAUCGACGACUACGGCCCAAGGCUCCUGAGAGACAUUUGGGCGCUCACGGGGAUCGCCAUUCUCAUAGUCGUCUUGAGGGUGAUUGCGAAAAUAAAGAUCCGGAAGAUUGGCUGGGAUGACAUUCUUAUGGUGUCGGCAUUGUGUCUUACUAUAGUCGGAUCAGCUCUGAUUACCGUGGGCAUCAAAUAUGGCUUCGGUCGCCAUGUUUGGGACCUUAACACAACCACAGCCGUUCCAAAAGUCAUCAUGUACGACUAUUUGACACAGACAUUCGGCAUUGCUGGCGGUACUUUGGGUCGCAUUUCCUUCAUUGUCUUUGUCAUUCAGCUACUGGGCACCAGGAGAUCCCACAGAGUGAUACUGUGGGUCAUAGUUGGGUUACAAAUCGUGACUAACGUGAUGUUGAUUAUCAUUCUAUUUGUCCAAUGUCCUGGACAUGGUUCUGCUAUCUGGACGCAGAAUGGGAAAGACAAAUGCUGGGAUUACCGCGUCCAAGCAUACUACGGGUACUAUCAGGGCUCGUUUAAUUCAGCCACAGACCUUUACCUGGCAGUUUUUUCAACAUACGUAUUCUGGAAUUUGAAUUUGAAGUUAAGGGUCAAGUUGGGCUUGGUCACACUCCUCGGAUUAGGCAUUUUUGCAAUGGCAGCCUCCGUUAUGAAAGCAGUGCAAACCCAAGUCUUCGCGCACGCAGACGACGACCCAACUGUCGCAACCGUCAACUACGAUCGCUGGCUAUUCAUCGAAGCCUACAUAGUCAUCAUAACGGCAUCGAUACCUUGCAUCAGAUCCCUAUUACGAUCCGGCCGAGGAACAACGGGAAGUGGACGGAGCGCAUACGAGUUGAGUUCCUCAUAUCCAGGAAACUCUUUGCCCACGCCUAGAUCCCGGAGGUUGACACCAAAGUCGUUGAUACCUAAUCCGGAUAAUUCUAGCACGGAUGAUAUUCUGGAGGGGAAUAAUAAUGAGUUUGACGAAGUACACGAGAUGAGGGACUCGAAGAAGUCGGUACAUGUCUAUGUAUAA